AUGUCACGCUAUCACAUAACAAACAUGAAUAUCGUUUUGACCGACGGUAAAGAUAAAUACCAAUCGGGCGACUAUAUUACCGGCAAAGUGGAACUCAUACUCAAAGGCAAUCUAUUGAUAUCGGUUAUAAACAUACAGCUAUACUGUUUGGCCGAUGUCAAAUGGACCGAACUACCUGGCCUUAAAAGCGAUGGCCACUGUUUUCAUGUACAGCGCCGGUAUCUUGAAUUUAAUUAUCAAUUGCCCGAUGAAUUUCGUGACAGAUAUUUUGAUGACGGCAUAAAUGAGAUACCAUUCAUGUUUAGACUACCGGAUAGUGGUCUCCCGUCGACGUUUAAGAGCCCGUACGGAUCGAUCAACUACUUUAUCGAGGCCUAUAUCGGCGAACCGAUAAUCGACGAAAGUUUGCGUACAAAACUGGCCAUCGCUGUCGAGUCGCCGUUUAAGGACAACCUAUAUCUAUCGGUCGACGGCGAAGCCGAGAAAGAGCUGGGAAUCGUAAAUCUGGCCUCCGGUGUGAUCCGUAUGUACGCAUUUAUCGGCCAUAAAGGACACGUACCCGGUCAAACAGUGGAAUUAAUUUGUCAAAUAGACAACAAGUCGACCGCUCGGGUCACACCCCGGGCCACACUCUAUCGUACAGAAAUCUAUAUGACCGGCGAAAAACAUAAAACCGUCGAAACCAUACUGACCGACCCGUUUCAGGGUACGGAGGUUGAACCUGGCGAAACUAUUGACUCGGUUAUCAAUAUACCGAUACCCGACGAUCUACCCAUGUCGCUCAAAUGUCCAAACAUUACCAUCAAAUAUUUCAUACACUGUACACUGGAUAUACCGCACACAAUUGAUUUGCAUCUGAAUUUGCCGAUCAUAUUGACUAACAAUCAAAUGUUAGAUGGUUAGGUGUGGGUGCGCGGCGCUAUACAGUGUUAGGUGAUGUGGGUGCUAGGGGGGGGA